CAUCAACAGCUGGGAACAGGGAACCUUGUGCAGGCAGUGCUUCUAGCAAGCUUGCUGUGGUCUCUGAGCCCCUUGUCCUACCUGACUUCCCAGUGUUUUGCCUGCAUGUAUGCCUUCGUGAGGGUAGCAGAUCUUGGUGUUACAGUUGUGAGCUGCUGUGUGGGUGCUGCGAUUUUGAACCUAGGUCCUGUGAAAUGCAGUCAGUGCUCCUAACCUCUGAGUCAUCUCUCCAGCUCCUGCUCUUCUGCUUUUAUGAGGAAAAAGAAAAGAGAAGUGGCUUGAGAGUGGAAAAUGCACAUGCAGGGGUGCACACCUGCAGUCCCAGCAUGCUACAGCAGAGGCAGAAGGACCUUUGUGGGUUAGAGGGCAGCCUGAGAAUCUUAUCUCAAAACAACUUUUUAAAAUGUGCUCUGUAGGGGUAGCUCUUCCCUCCCAAGGUGACACAUCUGGCAAUCGCCAGAAACAGAUCAGGAGCAUCAACGCUUGGUUUCCCAGGGCUUGGCUUAAUGUAUGGCUUCAAACCCAUCGGGAGCCACCACUGAACAGCUCCUGAAGGAACUGGAGCACGUCCCAGCCUUGGAAUGGAAAGAGUUCACCUGUGGUGGAGGAAUCAACAACGAGGGAUCCCAGAACAACGAUCUUCACCCCAGAAGCUGAGCCUCUUAGCCCCCACCCACCCAUUUCCAUUUAGGCUGCCAGCUCUUUUCUUUACAAUGCACCAGACCCCGCGGGGAAAGGGAAGGAGCGGUUCUCAGUGCCCCAGUACCAAGGCCUGGAUUAUUCAAUGAGGUGUCCGCUCCCUUUGUUGGCGGGGGAGGGGAGCGGGGGGUCACAAGGCAUCCAAACUCCACCUCUUUCCUCUGCCCUGCUGUGAAGGGGGAGAGAACAACCCGCCUCGUGACAGGGGGCUGGCACAGCCCGCCCUAGCCCUGAGGAGGGGGCGGGACAGGGGGAGUCCUAUAAUUGGACCGGUCUGGGAUCCGAUCCCCUGCUCAGACCCUGGAGGCUAAGGACUUGUUUCGGAAGGAGCUGACUGGCCAAUCACAAUUGCGAAGAUGAAGGCUCUGUGGGCCGUGCUGUUGGUCACAUUGCUGACAGGAUGCCUAGCCGAGGGAGAGCCGGAGGUGACAGAUCAGCUCGAGUGGCAAAGCAACCAACCCUGGGAGCAGGCCCUGAACCGCUUCUGGGAUUACCUGCGCUGGGUGCAGACGCUGUCUGACCAGGUCCAGGAAGAGCUGCAGAGCUCCCAAGUCACACAAGAACUGACGGCACUGAUGGAGGACACUAUGACGGAAGUAAAGGCUUACAAAAAGGAGCUGGAGGAACAGCUGGGUCCAGUGGCGGAGGAGACACGGGCCAGGCUGGGCAAAGAGGUGCAGGCGGCACAGGCCCGACUCGGAGCCGACAUGGAGGAUCUACGCAACCGACUCGGGCAGUACCGCAACGAGGUGCACACCAUGCUGGGCCAGAGCACAGAGGAGAUACGGGCGCGGCUCUCCACACACCUGCGCAAGAUGCGCAAGCGCUUGAUGCGGGAUGCCGAGGAUCUGCAGAAGCGCCUAGCUGUGUACAAGGCAGGGGCACGCGAGGGCGCCGAGCGCGGUGUGAGUGCCAUCCGUGAGCGCCUGGGGCCUCUGGUGGAGCAAGGUCGCCAGCGCACUGCCAACCUAGGCGCUGGGGCCGCCCAGCCUCUGCGCGAUCGCGCCCAGGCUUUUGGUGACCGCAUCCGAGGGCGGCUGGAGGAAGUGGGCAACCAGGCCCGUGACCGCCUAGAGGAGGUGCGUGAGCACAUGGAGGAGGUGCGCUCCAAGAUGGAGGAACAGACCCAGCAAAUACGCCUGCAGGCGGAGAUCUUCCAGGCCCGCCUCAAGGGCUGGUUCGAGCCAAUAGUGGAAGACAUGCAUCGCCAGUGGGCAAACCUGAUGGAGAAGAUACAGGCCUCUGUGGCUACCAACCCCAUCAUCACCCCAGUGGCCCAGGAGAAUCAAUGAGUAUCCUUCUCCUGUCCUGCAACAACAUCCAUAUCCAGCCAGGUGGCCCUGUCUCAAGCACCUCUCUGGCCCUCUGGUGGCCCUUGCUUAAUAAAGAUUCUCCGAGCACA